AUGUCGACCGAAAGAGAGAAAAUGCUCCGCGGGGAGCUCUAUCGUGCCUUCACUCCAGAUCUGAUUGCAGCUCGGACCCGCUGCAAAUGGGCUUGUAAUCGCUAUAAUAACUCGGACGAAGUGCCUCGUCGGAGAUUGGUGGAAAUGUGGAGAGACAUCACCGAAGACAAGACUGCUCUACCCCCACAGCUAGAUGAUGCUGCCGCAGAUGAUGAACUAUUUCAAAAUGAGCCCUGGGUGGAAGCACCCGUCAAGAUAGACUAUGGAUUCAACCUGAAACUUGGAGAUGGUGUGUUUAUCAACUUCAACUGUGUGUUCAUUGAUACUUGUCCUAUUACCAUUGGUGCCCGUACCAUGCUAGGUCCGAAUGUGAGUUUAUUUUCAGGAACUCAUCCUCUCGAUCCUGCUGUACGAAAUGGAACCGAGGGCCCUGAGCUGGGAAAGCCCAUUCAUAUUGGAGAAGACUGCUGGCUGGGAGGGAAUGUGAUUGUACUUGCUGGAGUGACGAUUGGAAAGGGUGCCACCAUUGGAGCUGGAAGUGUGGUGACGAAGGAUGUUCCUGCUUUCCACGUCGCGGCUGGAAAUCCAGCUAGAAUCAUUCGUCGGAUUGAAACGAUCAUGACAGAGUAA